UUCCUGAGCGCUAGAAAGGGGCGGUUCCGCGCGUGGGCAGGAGAAGGAGGGGCAGAGAAGCAGCGUGGCCGGAGCUCUCGAAGCUCCCCGGGCAGUUCCUGCUCCCUGCGCGGGAGCCACCAUGACCAGCAACGGAGCAGGCAAUGGGGGCGCCCCUCCGGCGCGCAACGGAGUCCCCGGCGCUCUUCCCCCGGCGGUGAAGCCUUUGUUGCUCGGCAAGAGUUACGACGUCUCCGGCAAGGUGAUGCUGCUUGGAGAUUCAGGUGUGGGGAAGACCUGCUUCCUCGUCCAGUUCAAAGAUGGAGCCUUCCUCUCUGGGACCUUCAUAGCUACUGUCGGGAUAGACUUCCGGAAUAAAGUGGUAACAGUGGAUGAUGUAAAAGUGAAACUGCAGAUUUGGGACACCGCCGGUCAGGAAAGGUUCCGGAGUGUAACACACGCAUACUAUCGUGAUGCACAAGCUCUCCUUCUCCUUUAUGAUAUCACCAGCAAAGUCUCCUUUGACAGUAUUCGGGCUUGGCUCACAGAAAUCCAUGAAUAUGCCCACAAGGAUGUGGUUAUCAUGCUUCUGGGUAAUAAGGCUGACAUGAGCAGUGAGCGAGUUAUCAAAACAGAAGAUGGGGAAUCCUUAGCCAGGGAAUACGGAGUGCCUUUCAUGGAGACCAGUGCCAAGACUGGUAUGAAUGUGGAACUGGCAUUUCUGGCCAUUGCAAAAGAGCUCAAGCAGCGAGCUGUGAAGCAGCUGGAUGAGCCCAGGUUCCAAAUCCAUGACUACAUUGAGUCAGAGAAGAGGCGGCCCAACUGCUGUACUUUUCUCUAAAAGGAAGAAGAUGCUAAGGCAGAGUCUGAAUGACCUACUGCUAAAGAGGAGCAGAGUGCCACCCAGGAGAUGCAGGGAAGGAAGGAAAAAAAUUGGGGGGGGGGCUCUACUCCAAAGACAUUACUUUUUAGAGAAUCCUUUUAGAGACUGUACAUAGGAAGUAUAUGUCUGUUGCUGGUUGCCAUAUGUGAAUGUGAAGGAAGAGUUAAGAACUUUGCACCUGUGAAAGAAUGUAAAGGCAAUCAGGUUUUAUAGUAUUACUCAGGCCUGUCAUUUACUGGUAAGAGGAAAGGUAUGGCCCACACCAAAGCAAAUCAAGCUUUCUCUUAAUUCUCACAGCCCUGCUCUUUGCUUUGAAAAAAGAGGGAGCAGUUGACCGGGAGCUACAUGGAAGAUUUUCUCUUUCAAAGGCCAUGGGAAACCUUUGGAUAAUUAAAAAAAAAAGGUUAAUUAAAAGUAUUGCCCUAAAAAGGCACAGUUUGUAUGCAUACUGAAACCAGCAGGAAUAUUUAGUGAAGUAAAAGUAGACAGAUUUCCUUUGACCUCUGGCCUUUCCUGCUUCCCACACCCAAAGAUCCUGCCAAGAGAGUUGCUUUGCUUCUCCUCCCUUCCUCCCUCGGCCCAAGGACGGGAUCUAAGUGUGUCUUUUGUCCGGGCUGGAACAUCAAGAAAAUGCUGCUGACUGGAGUUAGCUAGAGAGAGACCACUAUAUUUUUAUGACCAUAAACAAAGUGUUAGAAAGUUGAUUUGUUUGUUUUGAUGAUGCAACGAAAGACCAUUUGGGGAAAAAAGAAGAGUCAGCACGCUGGUGUUAACAGGCUAGAAAGUUCUAGCAUCUGCUCUUCAGAUGGACAAGGCGGCUUCCGAGUUCGUUUCCUCAGAAAACAACCAGGAUAUAUGUAUACCAUGAAGUGGUUGCUCCUCGUGAGUUUUUUGGUCCCUUCUUACAAGCACAUCUUGGGAUUCUUCAGAAGAAGUGAAUGUUUUUAUAAUUAUUAAGCACUCAAUCCCAAAUAUUCUGGAAGAGGGAAAUUUAUGUUUGAACUAAGCUCAUUUCUGUCACAUAACCAUGUUUUAUAAGCACACGUCAUUUAGAACGGGCUGGGUGUUUCGCCAUCAUUCCAGCGCAUCCAACCACGUACAUUCAAACCACCAUAUGCAGCCCAGGGAAUUGCAUUGGCAGCCUAUAAAUAUACAUAUAUAUGAAGCAUGUAGCCCCCAGAUAAGAAGACUGUAACAUUGGGUUGCAGUAGGAUUUCUCUAUGGAGAGUUGGUUCUGGAUGGCAGUGAUCCUUCUCCCCUUUACUCUAUCCUGCUGCAUCUCUUUCCAUUGGGUUGGUAGAUUAUUGCCAGCUGUCCCAACAGCUGUUCAACCAGGACAAUCUCAACCAGAUUAGUUUGCAGACUUCUUUCCAGGAAGGAGGAGGAAGAGGAUGGGGAGCCCUUCCUCCAGCCAGUAGGCAGACAGGGGUAACUUAUAAACUGGUCGACUGCAUUUGGAUAUGAAGGAGACAGAGGGGAAAUGAUUGGUUGGGUGAGGCUGGGGCCCAGGAAUAGUCUGUGAUGGGUCAGGAAUGCUUUGAUAUCAGGCUGAGACAUCACAGAGAAAUAUCCAAGACCAAAUGCCAGGUUUUGUCUACCUGUGUUCAGAUACACCAUACCAUGCAAUGCAUUUUUGACUUGAAUUUUCCUUCCAAAUUUAACUCGUCAUCUAGCUCAGAGCUGUCUUUCCCCUUUCCUGCUUCUGGAAGUAAGCAACAAGUGGACUGUAUCUAGAUCAGUUCCCCAACCUUUUUGACUUUGCAAACUAGUAGGAGUCGGAAAAGGGGAUGGUUCCACAUAAGCGGUGGACAUUUGCACAAGUGCUGGGCAUGUGUGCCCACCACUCAUGCAAAUAGCAAUAGCACUUAGACUUAUAUACCGCUUCACGCAGGUGCUCGCCCACUGUUCGCACAAGUGGGGAUGCGUGUGCGCAUGAGUGUGCUCACCUGCAACUUCCGGGACCUGGUUCCGAACGGCUCAAGGCCCAGAGGUGGGCCGUGGCCCAGGAAUUGGGGAACCCCUGUUAGAACUCAAUCAAGCUCUAGCACAGCACGGUGGCCUUUUGUUUCUUUUUAAACCUCCUUGUUUCUUUUUUCUUUCUAAAGUUCCAAAAUGUAACCUUAUUCUUACUGAUUGUCCCCAGCAAAAUGUAUCCGUAUCCCCCCCUCCCAUUUCCUGGUUUCUUUAAUCCGGGUGGGUUAGGCAGGAGCUAUCGGUAGCCAGCCGUGCUCCUUAUAUGUUAUGCGAGGCAGGUGCAGCAGCACUAUGGCAAGAAAUGGAAGCCUUAUCUGUGAAAGAGAGCUCUUCCUAGCAAAGCCCACAUAUUUGUUGCCCUGGAAGCAUGCACAGUUUCCCAGAAAAACAACAGCAAGAGUGCCAGGAUUUAAGAGAGGGAGGCGGAUUCUAGCAAAACGGAGCAUAGUUUCCUAUUGCCUGCACCUUUCCAGGGUGUCUAAUGCUGGUCUCUGGCAAAUGCAUGAUUUUUGCAGAUCUUUGUACAAGUUUAAGUACCUCGAAAUCAAGAAAAGGAAUACUGUUACAGGGAAAGGAAAAUCAUCUUCAUCAUCAUCAUCAUCAUUGUCCUUUCUUGGAUCUGCUCAUCCUUUUUUCUCUGAUCAGAAAUUCAGCUCUCUUUUUUUCAAUGCCUGUGGGAAGGCACAAGUGCUUUUUCAGCUGUUUCCAUGUUAAAAUCAUUAGCAGACCUGUGCAAUUGUGACUCAAUGCAUGUAGGCUGUAUAGCAGAAGUAGGCAAUCCUUUGGGUCCACCACACAUUUGGAAUUUUGGUUCAUGUUUCUUUUAAGAAUGGGCUGCCCUGCGAAGAUUCCCUGUUCACAAAAUCACUGAGCUGAUCUACGCCUUUGCAGGCUUGAAGGUAUUGCAGCAAAUAAAUGCUAUGUUUGAAGCUGGCACAUUGCUUUGCAACAUGUCAAUUUUAUUUCUUUUUUAAACAAACAAAAAAAAUCUACCGAAUGCACUCCAACUCUGUAUACUCCCUGCUCCAAUUCAAAGAAUCUCAGGUAACAUUGUCGGGUUAAGGCUGCUGCCGAAAACCUUGGAGAAACUCUUACAGAAUAUUAAGGAGUGGUAUUAGACUGGCACUUUCAUUUCUGCACUGUAUGCUUUCUGAAAAUUGGAUAAUAUAUUUUGAAAUAAGCCUUAUCCGCUGCUUUGGCCUUAAUUUGAGAAUGAUAAAAAGGAAUACUAGAAAGAAAUAUGAUUGCAUGGUUAAGAACUACCUACAACUACCUUGUAAUUAGCUAUGUUAAUCAUUAUCUGAAUGGGUGAUAAAUGGGUGUCAUUUGAGUGACAAAUAAGAUUGUGUGGCCAUACAAUGGAACAGGGAGGGACAAUGUGAGCUCCCUCCUUUGCUUUUCUUGUUAAGUUUCCUUUCUGCAUUUUUUGUAUAACAAAUCUAUAAAAUCUAUAAAAAACAAAAUGCCUGACUCACCAGGCAUUAGAGGGAUCAAUUUUCCAAAGAAUUAAAAGGGGACAGGAGGAAUGUAGAAUAGAGUAUUUGAUUGUACAACGGAUUGUUGGUUAAAAAAAAAAGUUGAUCUGCAUUUUGAUGUGUUUGAUUUUGUUGUGAAACUACUCUGGGGAAGCCUGUUUUUGAAAGGCAGGGUACAAAUAAAUGAGAUGACUGUAUGUAGCUUUAUACUCCUAAUAUCCCCUAUAAAAUAAAGAAAAUUGCUUCUUACUUUAAAAAGAACUUACAGUUGUUCAUUUGCUUGAAAGAAAGACCUUGAUACAUUUCUGCAAUUUUUACAAAAACUCUGCUGUUAAGAUUACUUUUGGUGAAAUACCUUUUUAGAUUUGGGAAAAAUUCCACCAGCCUCUGAAUGUAACUGCAGGACUUGUAGAAACUCCCUCUUAUAGUUGUAGAUCACUACAAGUAGUCUUCAAUUUACAGUCAUUCUUUUAGUGACCAUUAGAAGUUACAACAGCCCUGAAAAAAGUGACAUAUGAUCAGUCCUUAACAACUCUACUUGAGCCAUGAUGGCCCAGUGAUUGGAGUGCAGUACUGCAGGCUACUUCUGCUGCCUGCUGGCUGCCUGCAAUUCAGCAGUUCAAAUCUCACCAGGCUCAAGGUUGACUCAGCCUUCCAUCCUUCCAAGGUGGGUAAAAUGAGGACCCAGACUGUUGGGGGCAAUAUGCUGACUCUGUAAACUGCUUAGAGAGGGCUGUAAAAGCACUGUAAAAGUGGUAUAUAAGUCUAAAUGCUAUUGCUGUCCCCAUGGUUAUGUGACCAAAAUUCAGGUGCUUGGCAAUGGCCUGUUCUUACAACAGUUGCAGCAUCCCGCGGUCAUGUGAUCACCAUUUGUGACCUUCCCAGCCACCUUCUGAGAAGCAAAGUCAAUGAAGAAGCCAGAUUUGAUUAACAACUGUGUGGUUCACCUAAAACUGCAGUUGGCGUAACUGUGGCAAAAAAAUUGUAAAAUUGGAUGUGACUCAUUUAAUAGCUGUCUUGCUUAGCAACAGAAGUUUGAAUCCCAAGGGUAGACUGCCUAUACAAGACUAAUGAAGACUGUAUCUUCAAAGAAACAUCUUUAUCUUAAAGGGCUACAAUAUUGUAGGCAACCAGCAAAUAGCGAACCCAGAAAACUCUGAAAUAUUUCUUUCCUUCUAGAGUCAAUCCAGAUUUUUGUAGCCCAGAUCUCAAGCAUGUUUUGCCAAACAAAAAUACCAAAAUACCACAUUAAUGUAUAAAUUCAACCCUUGCUAUCCUACUGUUGAUUAGUUUUAUUGACAUCAAUGAUAUCAUAGUCACCCAUUAUAAAAAUUU